AUGGAAUGUGGCAGCCAUGGAGUCUGCUCAAGGGGAAUUUGUCAAUGCGAAGAAGGCUGGGUAGGACCAACAUGUGAAGAACGUUCCUGUCAUUCUCACUGUGCUGAGCAUGGCCAAUGCAAAGAUGGAAAAUGUGAGUGUAGCCCUGGAUGGGAGGGCGACCACUGCACUAUUGCUCACUACUUAGAUGCUGUUCGAGAUGGCUGCCCGGGGCUCUGCUUUGGAAAUGGGCGAUGUACCCUGGAUCAAAAUGGUUGGCACUGUGUGUGUCAGGUGGGUUGGAGUGGGACAGGCUGCAAUGUUGUCAUGGAAAUGCUUUGUGGAGAUAACUUGGACAAUGAUGGAGAUGGUUUGACGGACUGUGUGGACCCUGAUUGUUGUCAACAAAGCAACUGUUAUAUAAGUCCUCUCUGUCAGGGCUCACCAGACCCUCUUGACCUCAUUCAGCAAAGCCAACCCCUAUUCUCUCAGCAUACUUCAAGACUCUUCUAUGAUCGAAUCAAAUUCCUCAUUGGCAAGGACAGUACUCAUGUCAUUCCUCCAGAGAUUUCAUUUGACAGCAGGCGUGCUUGUGUGAUUCGAGGCCAAGUGGUGGCGGUAGAUGGAACCCCCCUAGUAGGGGUGAAUGUUAGUUUCUUGCACCACAGUGAUUAUGGGUUUACCAUCAGCCGGCAAGAUGGAAGCUUUGACCUCGUUGCCAUCGGUGGUAUCUCUGUCACCUUAAUCUUUGAUCGCUCACCUUUCCUGUCUGAGAAGAGGACACUCUGGUUGCCUUGGAAUCAGUUUAUUGUGGUGGACAAAGUAACCAUGCGGAGAGUUGUAUCAGACCCACCAUCCUGUGAUAUCUCCAACUUUGUCAGCCCAAACCCUAUUGUGCUUCCUUCACCGCUCACAUCAUUUGGAGGGUCUUGUCCAGAGAGGGGAACUAUUGUUCCUGAGCUGCAGGUUGUACAGGAGGAGAUCCCCAUUCCUUCCAGCUUUGUGAGGCUGAGUUACCUGAGCAGCCGCACCCCCGGAUAUAAAACACUGCUACGGAUCCUUCUAACACAUUCAACCAUUCCCAUGGGGAUGGUUAAAGUACACCUCACAGUAGCUGUGGAGGGGCGACUCACCCACAAGUGGUUUCCUGCUGCAGCUAAUCUCGUCUACACGUUUGCUUGGAACAAGACAGACAUUUAUGGACAGAAGGUUUGGGGACUGGCAGAGGCCUUGGUAUCUGUGGGAUAUGAAUAUGAAACCUGCCCUGACUUUAUUCUCUGGGAGAAAAGGACAGUCAUCUUACAAGGUUUUGAGAUGGAUGCUUCUAACCUAGGAGGCUGGUCAUUAAAUAAGCAUCAUAUUUUCAAUCCUAAAAGUGGAAUCAUACAUAAAGGGAAUGGAGAAAAUAUGUUUAUUUCCCAGCAGCCCCCAGUCAUAUCAACUAUAAUGGGUAAUGGACACCAACGGAGUGUAGCCUGCACCAACUGCAAUGGCCCAGCCCACAACAACAAACUCUUUGCUCCUGUUGCUUUAGCUUCUGGCCCUGAUGGUAGUGUGUAUGUUGGUGACUUCAAUUUUGUAAGGCGAAUAUUUCCCUCAGGAAACUCUGUUGGUAUUUUGGAAUUAAGGACCAUGGAGAUUUGA